AUGACUGGUGGAAUUUCUAGCUCCGAGCCUUCCUCAUCGCUGCUUCAUUCCGAUCCGUAUGCGAUCCACCACUCCAACAAUCCCACAGCUGUCCUUGUCCAGCCCUUUCUCACCGGAGAUAACCAUGCCUCCUGGAGUCGUGCUAUGACUUUGGCGCUGCGAGCCAAGAGUAAAUUCGGAUUUGUCGAUGGAUCCCUCUCGAAAUCGACCGAUGCAGUCUUGAUUAACAAUUGGGGACGCUGCAACGAUCUUGUUAGCAGUUGGAUCCUUAACUCCAUCUCUCUAGAGAUUCGUCCUAGCAUCUUGUAUCCUGAAACCGCAAGUCAAAUAUGGAACGACCUUAACGAGAGCUUCUCUCAGUCAAACGUGCCAAAAAUUUACCAACUCAAGCGUUCUAUCUCUGCCCUCAAACAAGAGGGAAUGACGAUUUCACUUUAUUUUACCCAACUUAAAUUACUUUGGGAUGAGUUGAGCAGUAUCCUUCCUAUCACACCAUGA